AUGAAUCGUCGAAUGCCGUCAGGAAUCGACGAUAUACCAAAUGAGACGCGACAGUACAGCCCAUCUUCAUACGAGAGCCCGCCGGCAAGGCCUUCUCGGUCUGAGCAAGAGGAAUACGAGUGGCAGCAAGAAGCAGCACCUGCUAUGGAUGCGCAAUUGCACGCCUCCCGACGUCAGGCCCAGCAAAGUAGUAGAGUCAACCGUCCAUUGUUCGGCAGACAAUCUUCUGGACAGACAAUGCAAUCCCAGCACGACCUCAUGAUUGAACAGGCGAGGAACAGCGCCCGCACCAGGAAUCUCGAGCGGGAGUUCGAGUACCUCCAUCGACACCGCUCGGCCGCAGACUCAGAUCAGAACCAGUUCCGAAACUAG